AUGGAUGGCGGACCUCGACAAAAGGAGGCUGCCGACCAGCUCAAACGUGAGGUCAAGAUCCAGGCCAACCAGAGGCGAGAACGCAAAUACCUACAGAGUUUCGAGCUCGCGAAAUCGGCUCCCGAUGAUGAAGAGGCCUCGGACAGCGAGCACGUCUCUAUCCCAUCUUCGAUCAACGGCUCAUCGCAGCAUGGCACAAAUACCAGCCCAGCGACGUCACAUGACACGCCGCCCGAUCUUUCAGCUUUCCAGCUUGAUGCCGUAAAGUCGUCCAUUGCAGAAAUCACCCCUGAGCCGGAGGCCAUGGACCAGAGUGAACCGUCCUUUCAAGACUCGUGGAAAACCCCGAUGCCCAGGACAGCGUCCACUGUUAUGAGAGAGGAAGAAGGCGACCUCAACUUCAUCAUGAUCUAUCUGGACCACGUCUUCCCCUUUUUGUUCCCAUUUUACCGCCCAUCCCUGCCUGAAGGCGGUCGUGGCUGGGUCCUUUCUCUUCUCAAGUCCAACAAGGCCGUAUAUCACACUGCUCUCAGCCUUGGCUCCUACUACUUUUCCCUAGUCCUCGACAACAGCGGAAGCGGUCACGGUGCGUGCCAGCUGUCCAACCGGCGGCUACUCCAAGCUCAGCAAGAACUCUCGCUCCGGGAGCUGCAAACUGAAAUGGCUGCCAUAAAUGCAAGAGGUGUGUCGGAGUACCCUCGCGAGAGCGUCCGCGUUCUCAACAGCAUCAUCCAGCUCCUUGUUUUCGACAUAGCCGUCUACAACUCUACGAACUGGCUGAUGCACGUCGAUGCCGCUAUCUCGCUCUUCAAGCAGAUCAUCCCCCUGCCACACCAGUGGGACGAGCGCAUCUUACAGAUGGGGUUCGCUGGAAUGCCUUCGCCGCCUGAAGGAGGCUUGUUCAUGCCCUGGACAACUGAGCAGGCAGCCUUGAGAACCUUCGGUGCAUAUCUAUUCCUGACCGAUGUGCUCACGGCGACAAGUACUGAGAGGCGCCCACUCUUGCAGGAUUAUCACAGCUCGGCCCUCGACUUGGGUUAUGCGCGCGACGAACACAAAUGGAACCGAACGCAGAUUCAGUUUGAACAGCUAUUCGGUUGUCAAACCUGGGUUAUCCACCUCGUCGGCGAGAUUGCCUCUCUUGAUACCUGGAAGAAAGAAAACAAACGGGCCGGUUCUCUCUCCGUGACACAGCUGGUGAAUCGGGCCGUCACCAUUGAACACGCUCUUCGCUCUGGUAUUGCAUGCCUCGACGGGCAGUGCACUCGAGUAGCAAGUCCCGGCGUGGGCGAGUUCGGCGAUUUGCCUCAUCCGAAACACCACAAGCCGAGCUGCCGCGUUUAUACUGAUUUCUCGUGGAGCCAAAAGGUUGACACUCUGCCAUUGCACACCAUGGUUCCCAUCCAUACCAAGGUUUGGGCAUAUGCCGCUCUCACCUAUCUUUCUGUUGUCGUGUCCGGAUGGCAGCCGUCCUGCCCUGAGACAGCAAGCAGCAUCGCUUCUGCCAUUGAGCUCAUGACGCAGCUUCAGUCCCCGGUGUGUGUUCGCACUGUCAUGUGGCCUUUCUGCGUCGUUGGCUGUCUCACCGAGCCUUGUCACCAGCAGCUGCUGCGGGACAUGGUCACUAGCAUGGGCCCACUCGGAGCUCUUGGGUCACUGCGUACCGCCUUGGCUGUUAUGGAAGACGUCUGGGCGCGCCGGGACUCGCUGGGUCAAGACUGGGACAUUGCUGCCUGUCUCCAGAGCCUUGGGCAUCCCGUCUUGAUGAUCUGA